AACCAUCUGCUCCAGCCAGGACGACAAACCCCCUUUGUCUAGCCACGAUGCAGAUCUUCGUGAAGACCCUCACUGGCAAAACUAUAACAUUAGAAUGUGAAAGCGCGGAUACCAUCGACAAUGUGAAGUCCAAGAUCCAAGACAAGGAGGGAAUUCCCCCAGACCAACAGCGUCUCAUCUUCGCCGGAAAGCAACUCGAAGAUGGCCGCACCCUCUCCGACUACAACAUCCAGAAGGAGUCCACUCUCCACCUGGUGCUCCGUCUGCGUGGAGGAGCCAAGAAGCGCAAGAAGAAGGUCUACACCACACCCAAGAAGAUCAAGCACAAGCGCAAGAAGACCAAGCUAGCCGUCCUCAAGUACUACAAGGUCGACGGCGACGGCAAGAUCGAGCGCCUUCGCCGCGAGUGCCCUCAGCCCGAGUGCGGUGCCGGUGUCUUCAUGGCUGCCAUGCACAACCGCCAGUACUGCGGAAAGUGCCACCUUACUUAUGUCUUUGACGAGGCUAAAUAAGCGUGCGCUUCACGACUACGACAACACCGGGGUUACGCGGGUUACGACGACAUAGAUGGAUGGAUGAGUUACGGCAUCAUGGGUCAAAUGGGAGGAACGGGUUAGGUUUCGCCUGCAUGUCGGACAUUUAACAUCAAUCAAUCAAAUCAUCACGGACUUGUCAA